AUGACUGGCCCUGGAGAUAUUCAUCGUGAAGAAAUCAGUGUCGUUCCAGUCAUUACAGAUGCAACUAGUCAUUAUGCGCCGCCGUAUUCGGACUUAAGUCGUUUCAGGGCUGCGGCUCUUCAUAAAUCCCAUUCUGCAGUCCUACGCAAACAUAACGAUUCUACCAUCGAAACUAUAUUCAACCCCCUCCUUGGCUCAUAUCCACACAAUUCAGCUUCUUUAAACCUCAUCAUGUCUCAACAUAACAUCCCACACAGCAACACAAUUCCAUACGUCAACGACCAAAAUGUCCUUCCUCGACCCAUCGAUCCUAGCUCUGCAAAGGCGAAGCGCUUGAGAAGAGCCGAGCGAGGUCGCAAAAAUAUCUACAGCAUAGUUCCUCGGUGUAGCCCACCCCCGGAGUUUCUUUCUAACGAUGCAUUUAGAAUCUUGCCCAAAGGAUGGUGGAAAUGUACAUAUGCCGGAUGUCCCGUUGGCGCUCAUGAUCUCGGCGAACGAUUAUGUCCGACUUUCGCCAGCAAGGGUAAAUAUCUACCGGAUGGAAGAAAGGAGGCAGAACGAGAUCCAAUAGAUCUUCAGGAAGGUUGGUGGUGUUGUCCUAACGAAAAAUGCGAAUUGAGAUCUAGACGUCCAUUAUAUGAGGAGAGACGCAUAUGCAAGUGUGAGAACAACUAUGGAAGGGAUGCAUUGAUUGAGGAACGUGAGAAGAUUUUUCCUACAUACUCGUCGGCGGAUAAUGUCGAGAGAUGGGUUGCACAGUUGCCUGCGCUGCCAACGGAGGAGGAAAUUGACAUUAUGGAGGGAGGAUUGGAACCGGGUCUGGAGUAUGCGUAUGAGAUUGAACAACCGACGAGCUCGAAACCACAGAAAUUGCUAUCGUUGAGGCUUCCUAGGAGACUUGGCACAUGGGAAUUGUCGCUGAGAGAUAAGCCUUCUGGCUCUAAGUAA